CCUCCGCCAGGCUGGCUCAGUCGCGAGCCGGCGGUGGACGCGCCGGGCCCUCCACAGUAGGUCGGUGCGAGCGAGCCUCGGUUCGCACCGUCGGCCAUGACCGCGCGCUCCGCGGGCCCCGCGCGCCGCUGCUUGCUGGCGCUCCUGCUGUGCUGCGGCUGGGGGGCGCUGGCGGUGGUCGCCCAGAAGCCGGGAGCCGGUUGUCCGAGCCGCUGUCUGUGUUUCCGCACCACGGUGCGCUGCAUGCAUCUGCUGCUGGAGGCCGUGCCGGCCGUGGCGCCGCAGACCUCCAUCCUGGACCUCCGCUUCAACAGAAUCAGAGAGAUCCAACCUGGGGCUUUCCGGCGACUGAGAAACUUGAACACGCUGCUUCUCAACAAUAAUCAGAUCAAGAAGAUCCCGAGCGGAGCUUUUGAAGACUUGGAAAAUUUAAAAUAUCUCUAUUUGUACAAGAAUGAGAUCCAGUCAAUUGACAGGCAAGCGUUUACGGGACUUGCCUCUCUAGAGCAACUAUACCUGCACUUCAACCAGAUAGAGACUCUGGACCCAGACUCCUUCCAGCACCUGCCCAAGCUUGAGAGGCUGUUUUUACAUAACAAUAGGAUCACACACUUGGUUCCCGGGACCUUCAGUCACUUGGAAUCCAUGAAAAGAUUGCGACUGGACUCCAACGCGCUUCACUGUGACUGUGAGAUCCUGUGGCUGGCGGACCUGCUGAAGACCUACGCGCAGUCCGGGAACGCGCAGGCGGCAGCCACCUGCGAAUAUCCCAGACGCAUCCAGGGGAGGUCGGUGGCGACCAUCACUCCGGAGGAGCUCAACUGUGAGAGGCCUCGGAUCACUUCAGAGCCCCAGGACGCAGACGUCGUUCCUGGGAACACCGUGUACUUCACCUGUCGGGCGGAAGGCAACCCCAAGCCCGAGAUCAUCUGGCUCCGAAACAAUAACGAGCUGAGCAUGAAGACAGACUCCCGCCUGAACCUGCUGGACGAUGGGACCCUGAUGAUCCAGAAUACGCAGGAGACGGACCAGGGCAUCUACCAGUGCAUGGCGAAGAACGUGGCUGGAGAGGUGAAGACACAGGAGGUGACCCUCAGGUACUUUGGGUCUCCAGCGCGACCUGCUUUUGUGAUCCAGCCGCAGAACACAGAGGUGCUGGUGGGAGAGAGCGUCACGCUGGAGUGCAGCGCCACAGGCCACCCUCCGCCGAGGAUCUCCUGGACCCGAGGGGACGGCACGCCCCUGCCCGUCGACCCCCGGGUGAACAUCACUCCCUCUGGCGGCCUGUACAUACAAAACGUGGCCCCGGGUGACGGCGGGCAGUACACCUGCUUUGCGUCCAACAGCAUCGACAGCAUCCAGGCCACUGCCUUCAUCAUUGUCCAGGCUCUUCCUCAGUUCACGGUGACUCCUGAGGACAGAGUGGUCAUUGAGGGUCAGACAGUUGAUUUCCAGUGUGAGGCAACAGGCAACCCGCAGCCGGUCAUCGCCUGGACCAAGGGAGGCAGCCAGCUCUCCGUGGACCGGCGGCACCUGGUGCUGUCGUCAGGCACGCUCAGGAUCUCGGGGGUGGCCCUGCAUGACCAGGGCCAGUACGAGUGCCAGGCCGUCAACAUCAUCGGCUCCCGGAAGGUGGUGGUGCAGCUGACCGUGCAGCCCCGAGUCACCCCGGUGUUCACCAGCAUUCCCAGCGACCUGACGGUGGAGGUGGGCACCAACGUGCAGCUCCCGUGCAGCUCCCAGGGCGAGCCGCAGCCAGCCAUCACCUGGAACAAGGAUGGGGUUCAGGUAACGGAAAGUGGAAAGUUUCACAUCAGCCCUGAAGGAUUUUUGACCAUCCAUGAUGUUGGGACGGCAGACGUGGGUCGCUAUGAAUGUGUGGCCCGGAACACCAUUGGGUACGCCUCGGUCGGCAUGGUGCUCAGCGUGAACGUUCCCGACGUCAGUCGAAACGGGGACCCGUUUGUUGCCACCUCCAUUGUGGAAGCGAUCGCUACUGUGGACAGGGCCAUCAACUCCACACGGACACACUUGUUUGACAGCCGUCCUCGUUCUCCAAAUGACCUGCUGGCCCUGUUCCGCUACCCGAGGGACCCGUACACGGUGGGACAAGCCCGAGCAGGGGAGAUAUUCGAGCGGACCCUGCAGCUCAUCCAGGAGCACGUGCAGCAUGGCCUGAUGGUGGACCUGAACGGAACAAGUUACCACUACAACGACCUGGUAUCCCCGCAGUACCUGAGCCUCAUCGCCAACCUGUCGGGCUGCACCGCCCACCGGCGCGUGAACAACUGCUCCGACAUGUGCUUCCACCAGAAGUACAGGACGCACGAUGGCACCUGCAACAACCUGCAGCACCCCAUGUGGGGCGCCUCGCUCACCGCCUUCGAGCGCCUGCUGAAGGCCGUGUACGAGAACGGCUUCAACACGCCCCGCGGCAUCAAUCCCCAGCGGCUGUACAACGGGCACGUGCUGCCCAUGCCCCGCCUGGUGUCCACCACCCUGAUCGGCACCGAGGCGGUCACAGCCGACGACCAGUUCACGCACAUGCUGAUGCAGUGGGGCCAGUUCCUGGACCAUGACCUGGACUCCACGGUGGUGGCCCUGAGCCAGGCCCGCUUCUCGGACGGGCAGCACUGCAGCUCCGCGUGCAGCAACGACCCGCCCUGCUUCUCAGUCAUGAUCCCGCCCAACGACCCGCGCGUGCGCGGUGGGGCGCGCUGCAUGUUCUUCGUGCGCUCCAGCCCCGUGUGCGGCAGCGGCAUGACCUCCCUGCUCAUGAACUCCGUGUACCCGCGGGAGCAGAUCAACCAGCUCACCUCCUACAUCGACGCCUCCAACGUGUACGGCAGCUCAGACCACGAGGCCCGCAGCAUCCGGGACCUGGCCAGCCACCGCGGCCUGCUGCGGCAGGGCAUUGUGCAGCGCUCCGGGAAGCCCCUGCUGCCCUUCGCCACGGGGCCCCCCACCGAGUGCAUGCGGGACGAGAACGAGAGCCCCAUCCCUUGCUUCCUGGCUGGGGACCACCGCGCCAAUGAGCAGCUGGGCCUGACCAGCAUGCACACGCUGUGGUUCCGCGAGCACAACCGCAUCGCCACGGAGCUGCUUAAGCUGAACCCGCACUGGGACGGGGACACCAUCUACCACGAGACCCGCAAGAUCGUGGGCGCAGAGAUCCAGCACAUCACCUACCAGCACUGGCUGCCCAAGGUCAUGGGGGAGGUGGGCAUGAAGAUGCUGGGCGAGUACCACGGCUACGACCCCAGCGUCAACGCCGGCAUCUUCAACGCCUUCGCCACCGCGGCCUUCCGGUUCGGCCACACGCUGAUCAACCCCGUGCUCCAGCGGCUGGAUGACAGCUUCCGGCCCAUUGCACAGGGCCACGUCCCGCUCCACAAGGCCUUCUUCUCACCCUUCCGCAUCGUGAACGAGGGGGGCAUCGACCCGCUUCUCAGGGGGCUCUUCGGGGUGGCGGGGAAGAUGCGCGUGCCCUCCCAGCUGCUGAACACGGAGCUCACGGAGCGACUCUUCUCCAUGGCGCACACUGUGGCCCUUGACCUGGCUGCCAUCAACAUCCAGCGUGGCCGGGACCAUGGCAUCCCGCCCUACCACGACUACAGGGUCUACUGCAACCUGUCCGCCGCCCACACCUUCGAGGACCUGAAGAACGAGAUCAAGAAUCCUGAGAUCCGUGAGAAGCUGAGAAGACUGUACGGCUCCACACUCAACAUCGACCUGUUCCCAGCCCUCAUGGUGGAGGACCUGGUUCCCGGCAGCCGCCUUGGGCCCACCCUGAUGUGCCUGCUCAGUACACAGUUCCGGCGCCUGCGAGAUGGGGACAGGUUGUGGUACGAGAACCCGGGGGUGUUCUCCCCCGCCCAGCUGACGCAGCUCAAGCAGACCUCCCUGGCCAGGGUCCUCUGCGACAACUCGGACAACAUCACCCGCGUGCCGGGGGACGUGUUCAGGGUGGCGGAGUUCCCGCACGGCUACAGCAGCUGCGAGGACAUCCCCCGCGUGGACCUGCGGGUGUGGCAGGACUGCUGUGAAGACUGCAGGACCAGGGGGCAGUUCAACGCGUUUUCCUACCACUUCCGAGGCAGACGGUCUCUGGACUUCAGCUACAGGGAGGACGAGCCCCCGCGGGGAGCCCGGUCCCGCAGGAUGCGCAGUGUCCUGAAACCCAGUGAACCACGGGGCAAUGCCACCUCGGCUGCCCGGAAGCACCUGGGAGCGCCAGCCACCAGUGACUUCAGAGAAUUCGUCCUGGAAAUGCAGAAGACCAUCUCAGCCCUCAGGAAGCAGAUCAACAGGCUGGAGACCCGACUCAGCACCACGGAGUGUGUGGAUGCCAGUGGAGAGUCCCACGCCAACAACGCCAAGUGGAGACCUGAUGCCUGCACCGUCUGUGGGUGCAAAGACGGGCAGGUCACCUGCUUCGUGGAUUCUUGCCCUCCUGCCACCUGCCCUGAGCCUGUGAAAACCCAAGGAGCGUGUUGUCCAGUCUGCGUGAAGGAGGCCGCCGAGGAGAAGCCCUAGCCCCUGCACGCUCCUCCAAGUUGGUCUGGGCAGCACUCGUCAGAUCAGACCCAGGCAGUGCCUGGACUCCAGGUGGAGGCUGGGCUGUGCGGUCAGCCACCCAGGCUGCCCAGACCCGUGCUCUGUGGAGAAAACAGCGGGCAGGAGGGGAGCUGACUCUUCACGUUAGACUUCUCAGGUUUUUAUUUAAUUCUUUUAAAGUGAAAAUUUGGUGCUACUAUUAAAUCGCACAGUUAACUCUGCAGGCUCCUAAAUUGAUUCUGCCUGAUAACACCACUUCUUUUAAGUGAGGAGCCUCUGUCCGCUCUGCCCGCUCCGGGCCAGGCGCUUGCAGACGGGGGUUGCCGGCAGCUGGGGUGCUGCAGGAGGCUCUUGAAGCCUGGGCUGUGUCAGGUCAAUUCACACAGAAAACCGUGUUUGGCAAAUGGAACAGAAUCUUCACUAGGGUGUUCUGGGGACCCGGGCCGACGCCCUGGCUCCGCUGCCUCCCUGCUGUCUGUCCCCACGUCUCGGUCCUUCCUCAGCUCCUCACUUAACGGUGAAACAGAGCAGCCCUGUGUCAACCCCUGCUCCUCCUCCCACCAGAGGGACGUGACCAGCCCACAGUACCGACGGGCGCUUUCCCCUCCAGCAGGAGUGAACCCCUCGCCCCCUCGGCCUCCUGGAAGGCCUGUGUGGGGGCCGAGUGCCCACAGCCUUGGUGACUUGCAAGCUCCUCUGCUGACCGCUCCUCUGCUGACCAUGGAGCAAGACCCACUCUCCAGACCCCUCUGCAGGGUAGGACAGCUGGAGUCCCAGUGUGGGGACUCUGACUCCAUAUCAUGUGAACAGUGGAAAAAUGAGUCCCUCUACCUUGUGUGUUUUUAAACUGCAUGAUGUUUUAUAUUAAGAAACUGCCCAUUUCCUAGGUGUUAGAUAUGGCAGAAAAAUCACUUCCAUUACACAAAAGUUUUUUUGAUUUAUUUUUUUUUGGUUUAUUUUUUUUAAUUUUUAUAGAAUUUAGUGAAAAGCAACUGUCAUACCUCAUGGUCUCUUUAAUUGACCAAAACCUUCCAUUAGUCUAAAGACGAAGCAAUCUGGGUUUCGAGGAAUAUUUCCUGAAAAUGCUGAUUUUGUUCAACACUUCCUGACACUCUUCCUGCCUGAGGUGGCUUGGGGCACCUGCAGGACCUGGGGUCAGAGCCAGGUGGCAGGAGUUCUUGUGGGGUCACCAAGGGGACCCUCAUGGGGACAGGGAAGCCUGGGUUCCUUGCAGCACAGAGGGGCCUCCAAAGCCUGGCGAGACUGGUGUGACGGACAGGCUGGCCAGGUGUCUCCCAGACAGCCUGAGGCCGGCCGCGCGGGCCGCCAGCAUCCUCGCAGUGGCUUGUGGCCUGUGUACGAACUUGGUCGUCUCACUUCUCAUCCUCACCUGGCCCAGGGAUGAACUAAGGCUGGCUCGUGUUUCCCAGGGCGUGGCUUUUCUUCUGAAAUAUGAAGUCGAAUUUAGCAAUCAGAUCUUAAAACGAUUCCUGUAAACUGGGAAGUGUACGAGUUUGCCUAAUAUUCGGUGGCUGACUGCUCAGGUGGAAGAGUGGCCGCCAACCUGCAUCGUGGUGCUUUGCUGCCUCACGAGUGCUGUGGAGGAUCCAUGGUGCAGUGCGUGGCUUGGGCACGUAUCCAGGGCUGUCAUUUUCUGUAACUCCAGGUGACGUGCCUGGGGGGCCCCCAGAUUGGCGCUCAGUCUUGGUGACCAGUGCGGUGGGCAGGGCCUGAGGAGUGUCCCCAGUAGCAGGUGAGAGUGUGCCUAAAGCGAGUGUAGAUAUCUGUUUCCUGUUCUGACUGUCGCAACAGCCAAACGCCUUUUUCAUACUCGCUGUAUUCAGUACAUUACCAAAGAAACGUUUGCACUAUGUAAUGACGCCUUCGGUUCUAAUAAAGGCCACCUUGUCCAGAG